AUGAGGAAUCCAUACACAAUUCAUACUAAACAUAAUGAGCAGUUCGUUUAUAAAGAAAAUAUAUCUGAACGCUUACUCUCUGUUUUUCUCAUUAUAUAUUUAUUAGUAGUGUUGUAUGUACUAAAAGAUUUACCAUAUAAAAAAAUAAUACUUUUCUAUAUUUUGUCAUGUUUGUUUCUUUUUAAAGUAACUUUUAUAUGUUUGCCUAAAUUUAUACGCUUCUUAAAUGAAAAAGGGUUAUACGGCGUGGAUUUAAAUAAAAUAAGCAAAGAUAAAGUAGCAGAACCAAUUGGCUUAUUUCCAUCGAUUUUGUAUUUUAUCUUUGUCUUAAUUUAUCAGUUGAUAUAUUAUAAUGAUCAUAAAAUUCUUUUGGAGUAUAAUGCUGGGUUAUUGUCAAUUAUUUUCAUGACCUUUUUGGGGUUCAUAGAUGAUGUUCUUGAAUUGAAAUGGAGAUAUAAAGUUAUUUUACCGUUUUUCGCUAGUUUACCCUUGUUAUUGUCGUAUUCAGGAGAGACCAAUAUUCGAAUUCCUAGUUUUUUAAACUUUAUAUUUAAAGAAAGAAUUAUAAAUAUUGGCUUUUUUUAUUAUUUGUACAUUAUAUUAUUAUCGGUGUUUUGUACCAACGCAAUAAACAUAUAUGCUGGCAUUAAUGGAUUAGAGAUUGGUCAGAGUUUAAUUAUAUCCUUUUUUAUUUCCAUACACAAUUUAACUGAAAUAAUAUUGAAUGUAGGAAACCCCCAAAUAGAAGGCGGAUUAAUUUUAAAGCAGCAUUUUUUGUCGAUAAUAUUUACCUUACCCUUUAUAUCAAUAAAUUUAGCUACAUUUGCUUUUAAUUUUUAUCCUUCAAAGGGAUUUGUUGGAAAUACACUAACCUAUUUUUGUGGAAUUUUUUUAGCUGUUGUUUCAAUAUUUGGUCAUUACUCAAAAACAUUGAUAUUAUUUUUAAUUCCACAAUUUUUGAACUUUUUUCUUUCCCUACCACAGUUAUAUAAUAUAGUCCCAUGUCCAAGACAUCGAUUACCAGUUAUAAAUACAAAAACGAAUAAAUUAAAUUAUUCACACAAUUAUACAUUAAUAAAUAUGAUUUUAUAUUUAUUUGGCCCUCUAUCUGAGUAUCAUUUGGUUAUUUUUCUCUUAUCUUUUCAAUUUAUAACGUGCUCUGUUGGAUUAUUUUUAAGGUAUUUUAUUGAUACUACAUAG